AUGCUCUUCCGCUUGCAAAGACAACAAACCUCAAAAGAAACCCAGCGUCUGACACCAGGUAUAAUUGGGUCAACAGCAGGUGCUACAGCUGAUUCAACCUUCUAUACUGAGCUUCUUCCGCCACUACAACAAAGAAAGACAACAAGAGACACCCGGGUACACAUUGAAAAUGGGGAUAGUUUCACGGUAGCCCAGCUACUGGUAGCUAGUGGCCAGACAAAGGUGGCAGUGCUAAAUAUGGCCAGCGAUCGAAACCCAGGCGGCGGAUGGCUUCGAGGUGCUCUCGCACAAGAAGAAGCGUUGUGUUUACGGUCGACACUAGCAGCUACACUGAAUGAUUCGCACUAUCCUACACCACCAAUAGCCGCAACAUGGAGCCCAGGAGUUGUCGUUUUCCGAGAGGAAGUAGUUAACGAUUGCCAAAUUCUGGAAAAGAGUGAUCGAUUUGUUGUUGGCGUUGUUAGUGUUGCCGGUUUAAGACGGCCGCCGCUGACUGGAGAUGAGUUAGACUAUCGAUUCCCAAAAGACACUGAGUUAAUGAAAAACAAAAUCCGGCAAAUCCUUCGUGUCAUGGCAGUCAACGGAGUAUCAUGUUGUGUGCUCGGCGCCUUGGGCUGUGGUGCUUUUGGCAAUCCUCCUAAACGAGUAGCCAGGUUGUUUCGCGAUGUUAUUUCAGAAAUUGAAUUUAUCGGUCAUUUUGAUGAGAUUGUCUUUGCAAUCCUGGAUCAAAAGAGGGAAGGCAAUAUUCAAGUUUUCGAGGACGUCAUUGGCGAUUUUGCUAUUGAGAGAAACAAUGAAGUUUGA